AUGGCGUCCACCUGCACCAACAGCACGCGCGAAAACAACAGCAGCCACGCGUGCCUGCCCCUCUCCAAAAUGCCCAUCAGCCUGGCACACGGUAUCAUCCGCUCGAGCGUCCUGCUCAUCUUCCUCACCGCCUCCUUCGUCGGCAACAUAGUGCUGGCGCUCGUGCUGCAGCGCAAGCCGCAGCUGCUGCAGGUGACCAACCGCUUCAUCUUUAACCUCCUCGUCACUGACCUGCUGCAGAUUUCGCUCGUGGCCCCCUGGGUGGUGGCCACCUCCAUGCCGCUCUUCUGGCCCCUCAACAGCCACUUCUGUACGGCCCUGGUUAGCCUCACUCACCUGUUCGCCUUUGCCAGCGUCAACACCAUCGUCGUGGUGUCGGUGGAUCGCUACCUGUCCAUCAUCCACCCUCUCUCCUACCCGGCCAAGAUGACCCCGCGCCGGGGUUACAUGCUCCUCUACGGCACCUGGAUCGUGGCCAUCCUGCAGAGCACACCCCCACUCUACGGCUGGGGCCAGGCCGCCUUCGACGAGCGCAACGCCCUCUGCUCCAUGAUCUGGGGGGCCAGCCCCAGCUACACGGUUCUCAGCGUCGUGUCCUUCAUCAUCAUCCCGCUGAGUGUCAUGAUUGCCUGCUACUCGGUGGUGUUCGGUGCCGCCCGGCGGCAGCACGCUCUGCUGUACAACGUCAAGAGCCACAGCCUGGAGGUGCGAGCCAAGGACCGUGUGGAGAACGAGAACGAAAAAGAAGGGGAAAAGGAUGCGUUCCAGGGUGAGAGCGAGUUCCACGGCCAGGGCGAAGGUGACGUCAAGGCCAAGGAGGGCAGCGUGGAGGCCGAGGGCAGCGAAGAGGCCAGAGAAGGCAGCUUGGCGGCCGGCAAAGGCAGCACAGAGGGUAAGGAAGGCGGCCCCACAAUUGAGAGCAGCAAGAAGGCAGACCAGGGCCGCGCAGAGGUCAGCCAGUGCAACAUUGACUUGGGUGAAGAUGACGUGGAGUUUGGAGAGGAAGACAUCAAUUUCAACGAGGAGGACAUCGAGGCAGUGAACAUCCCAGAGAGCCUCCCAGCCAGUCGUCGCAACAGCAACGGCGACCCCCCUCUGCCCAGGUGCUACCAGUGCAAAGCUGCUAAAGUGAUCUUCCUCAUCAUCUUCUCCUACGUGCUGUCCCUGGGUCCCUACUGCUUUCUAGCAGUUCUGGCCGUGUGGGUGGAUGUCCAGACCAAGGUGCCCCAGUGGGUGAUCACCAUAAUUAUCUGGCUUUUCUUCCUGCAGUGCUGCAUCCACCCCUACAUCUAUGGCUACAUGCACAAGACCAUCAAGAAGGAGAUCCAGGACAUGCUGAGGAAGUUCUUCUGCAAGGAGAAGCCCCGCAAGGAAGACAGCCACCCAGACCUGCCCGGAACCGAAGCCGGCACCGAGGCGGGCACCGAAGGCAAGACCGUCCCUUCUCAUGAUUCUGCCACUUCGCCCUGA